ACCAGUAAACUAUAAAUAAAAUGGCGUCCUUUGGGGUUGGUAGCGAAGAGAUUAGAAGCAAAAUGACUCUAUACGUUUUUACUGGAAACGAGUAUUCUGCUUCAGUAGAUCCAGAGAGCCUACAAAUAUUGACAUAUUUGAGACUGACGUUACAAAAAGAGGAAGAAAAUGAAGAAAUUGAAAUAAAGUACACCUGCAAGCACUGGGAGUCACCGACCGGUGUUUUUCCUACUCUUGUCUCUGAUGGUCUCUACUAUACAGGAGUGGACAGCAUCAUCAAAGAACUGAAGAAACAGGGAUUGGAUUUAGAUGCUGAUUGCAGUGACGAAGAAUUAGCGGAAAUAUCUGCUUACUCAGCAUUUUUGUCAGACAGAUUGAAAAAGGCACUUUUGUACCUCCAUUGGGUUGAGGCUAAGAACUACACUGAGGUCACUAGGGGCUGGUUGUCGGGGGCAACAGUGUUCCCUUUCACUCUUUAUAUCCUCUCGAGACAGCACAGACUAGCAAAACAAGUUAUCAUGACCAGUUCAUCUGGCAACACCAGCAACAACACAAGCACUAUAGAACAAUGUGGAAUAGAGUUAUUAAGUCAAGCUGAAGAGGCCAUUUCAUUGCUGGCUGGAAGACUUGGAGAUCAGAAAUACUUUUAUGGCUCAAGUUUGAGCAGUUUUGAUGUUUUGGUUUUUGGGUAUUUGGAUCUCAUUGCCCAGUACGAGUUGCCUGGCAACAACCAGCUGGGGACCAGACUCAAGUCUCUUGUUCAGUUGACCAACUUCUGCUCAGACAUCAGAGAGAAAGCUUACCCUGAGAUUAAAUCAAGACAUGUCUCUACAUCUUCAAGUAUGUCCCCUUCCAGUCCGCUACGUAAGGACCCGACUUUCUGGAUAUUUGUGGGCGUGGCUGGAAUUCUAUUAAUAGCACAAGGAAUGAGGGUUGGACUGACAAGAAAAUUAUUAAAAUAGAAAUAAUUAUAAUGAUAAUUAAUAAUAAUAAAUAAUGAAUUAGAGUUGUGUUAAUUAA